AUGCUAGACUAUUUACAAAGUGUGCUUGAUCCAGAAGACCCGAAGCAUCGCAUCCAAGUGGAGGAUGUACGAUUUGCUGUUGAGGCGUUUAAUGCGUGUGUUUCUCGGCGCUCGGGUGUUUUCUACGAGACGGUUCGACUGUGUUUCGAGAAGCUCGGAGAUGCUUUUACCACUCUGAUUACCGGAUCGGUACAUGUGAAAGUAGAGGACCAGGAUUCAGAAGAGGCCAAACAUCUGAAAUUGAAACAUAUCAAGAAGUAUCAGACUCCGUUAAAACAAUAUCUUUCCAGCAUUUUGAAGUUUGCUAACGAGGUUCAAACUCCUGACGUCAUUACUUCAACGCUCAAAGCGAUACGACGAAUGGUAGAUCUCUUCGCUCAUUUCAAGAAAAUUACAAAAAGUUUGUUCAAGGUUUUAGUUCGAAUAUGGUCUAGAAAAACGUUGGACUGCCGUGUAGGAGCGUACGUGUGCAUGAUGCAGCUUGUGAAAUCUCAUCCAGAACAUUUCGUCAGCUUAUAUAAGAGCUGUUAUCUUGGUUUUGUUACAAAUUCCCGUGACGUCACAGCUGAGACCUGGCCUCUUCUUCAUUUUAUGCACAGGUUAGCUUAA